AUGAAGCCUUCGUUUGCAUUGCUUAGCGCCGCCCUGCUCCCCUUCGCUGCCGCGAAGCAGGGCCGCGGCCCCCUCCACGCCUUCCAGCGCGCCGACGAGGUCAAGAAGGCCUUCUUCGCAAAGCACGAUGCCGAAGCUGCCCAGGCCCGCUCUGCCGCCGCCGAAAUGCCCAAGCUGCAGAAGCGUGCCUCGCCGUUUCUCACCAACAAGACGCAGUCCUUCUCCGUCGACGGCACCGCCAUCCCCGACGUCGACUUCGACAUUGGUGAAUCCUACGCCGGUCUCUUGCCUAUCUCGGACAAUGCCAACGAGACGCGGAAGCUGUACUUCUGGUUCUUCCCGUCUACGAACCCCAACGCUACCGACGAGAUCACCAUUUGGUUCAACGGUGGCCCCGGCUGCAGUUCUCUCAGCGGCCUGCUGACGGAGAAUGGCCCGUUCACCUGGGAGGCCGGUACCUACGCUCCGGUGCAGAAUCCCUACACCUGGGUCAAUCUGACAAACAUGCUUUGGGUCGAACAACCCGUCGGUGUUGGCUUCUCCCAGGGCGAGCCCGACAUCACCAACGAGCUCGAGCUCGCCAAAGAAUUCGCCGGCUUCUACAAAUCCUUCGUCGACACCUUUGACGCCCAUGGCAGCAAGGUCUACGUCACCGGCGAGUCAUACGCUGGCUUCUACGUCCCGUACGUGGCCAACGAAUUCCUCAACCGCAACGACACGGACUACUACAACCUCGCCGGCAUCGCCAUCAACGACCCCAUCAUCGGCGACGAGGUCCUGCAGCAGGAAGUCAUCGUCCCGCAAUACGUCGACUUCUGGUCCAACGUCUUCUUCCUCAACGAAAGCUUCACCAAGGACCUCCACGCCACGGCCGACGCCUGCAACUACACGUCGUACCUCGACACGUACCUCACCUUCCCGCCGCCGCAGGAGUCUUUCCCGCUUCUUCCAGACCCAUACAGCGACGAGGACGCCGCGAGCUGCGACCUCUGGGACCUCGUCUACACCGCCGCGCUGGAAGUGAACCCCUGCUUCAACAUCUACCACAUCACCGAAACCUGCCCGCACCCCUACUCGGUGCUCGGCAUCGUCAACAGCGGCGACUACUCGCCGCCGGGCCUCGAGAUCUACUUCAACCGCACCGACGUCAAGCGCGCCAUCAACGCGCCCCUCGACACCAACUGGGCGCAGUGCACCGACAAGAACGUCUUCGUCGGCGCCGGCGACCAGUCGCCCGGCCCCGCCCUCGACGGCACGCUGCAAAACGUCGUCGAGCGCACCAACAACGUCAUCGUCGGCAGCGGCAACCUCGACUUCAUCCUCAGCACCAACGGCACCCUCCUCGCCCUCCAGAACACGACGUGGAACGGCCUGCGCGGCUUCCAGGAAUACCCGGGCAAACCGCUGUACAGCCCCAAGCACGUCGAGUACUCGGGCGGCGCGCUCGCCGGCGCCGGCCUCCUCGGCACCUGGGGCAGCGAGCGCGGCUUGACUUUUUACCAGACGCAGCUCGCUGGCCACGAGUUGCCCGGGUAUACGCCCGGCGCGGCGUAUCGCGCGCUCGAGGUCUUGCUCGGCCGCGUGGAGGAUUUGAGCGUCGUGGGCGACUUUACGACGCAGCCUGGUACGGGAUUGAAUGUGGGGAACGUGUCGGAGGCGGUGCAGGUCAGGAGGAGUGGGGAGAUGGGGUUGGAGUGGCAGCUGUGA